AUGCUUAAAGAAUUCCUGCUUUGCCUUGGACUGUGUCUGGGUUAUCAAGAUGAGAAAAAGGAUGAAAGACUUCCCGCGCCCUUCUUCAGAGCCUGGCCUGGCCCCGUGGCUGAGAGAAAGGACAGCGUGAUUCUGGAGUGCUCAGCUCAGCAGCCAAACGCUACCGUCAGGCUGGGGAAGUUGAACAGCUCUGGGUACGAGGAACAGCUAAGCUCAGCCAAGAAUAGUGCUAAACUCUUCCUCAGGGACCUGGAGCCCGAGGAUGCUGGGAGGUACUUCUGUGCCUACAAUUCAACGUCCUCUCAGGGAUGGUCAGAGACGCAGUAUCUACAGCUGGUGGUGACAGGUAAAAAGGGAAGCUCAUUGGCACACUGGUUCCUCUCUCUGUGA